GAAUUACCACAGGGCUAUGUUAAAGUGGCUGUAUGUCAUUUCUCCCAUGACACGCAGUCAGCCAAUCAGAUGAGAGUAUGCGUGUGCCUGCGUGGCUGCAAUCCUCUCAACAAACUCAGUAUCACAGACUGGAGGAGAGGUGUAUGUUUGCUACCACAUUACCUCUAAGGCAGUUUACUAGGCAUAUCCACACAAUGUCAUGUGUGAAAGCGAAUAUACAUGCAGUAGUAGAGUGCAUGUAAAAGCCAUCAUGACGGCUUAUCAGGACCUUCUGCAAACCAUCAAGAGUUUGCAGCACUCCAGGCUGAGCUACAUAGAGCUUCUUCAAGAGGAGGUGAAGAGAAACCAAAAUCGACCUAGUGAGAAGAUCAAAUCUGAAGAGGACAGUGACGACUCCUCUAGACCUGCCACCUCGGCCCAUCACAUCGGAGCACAGAACGAGCAGUUCACAGCGCCCUACUCCAUUCCUCGAACCCUCACAGUGUCUCCGAGUCUGGGUGGGCAACCGCUGUCACCAGAGCUGGCGGUGAGUUUAAGGAAUAUUUUAUUUGGGAACACGUUCCAUAUAUUCAACUAUGAGUGGAAGAAAUCAUUCUUCAAGUUUCGGGAGCCUUUUUCUGACAUGUCAUAUGCUCUGGAGACUGAGAGGGUGGGAGGAGCCUGUGCUAUUCAGAUGGUGGUUCAGGCUUAUAUUAUUAAAUAUUUGCUCUUCAACCGGCCAAUGAACUCAGAGUGCACAAUGCAAAGUAUGGUGACGGUAGGGGAGAAGGAGCAGAGGAAGGCGCUGGCAGCCGCUCUAACUGACAUCUUGUGGACAGCUGGUGAGGAGCAGACAGCCACCGUCUGCUUGGUCACGUCAGAGCGCUGUUUCACCCCCCACAUGGACUACAAACUGGACAACUUCACAGAGAGAUUGCAGCUUUUCACCUUUAAAAAGAAAGAUGAUGUUAGAUCAUUUAUAUGCGAGCACAUCCAAUGUUUUAAGGAAGAAGGAAGCCAUGGAAUCAUACUUUUUCUGUAUAGCCUUAUCUUCUCCAGGACUAUUGACAGGAUACGGGCUGACUUUGACUGUACCACCACUCAUCUUUUGCAUGUGAGCUUGGGGAACUCUGUUUGUCGACAGGCUUUAUUAAACCUGCUGUUGACGGGCCGUGCGACCCCUCAUGUCUUCAACGGUACGUCACUGAACGAUGAGCAAGACGAAGCACUCGCCCAGCCUCUCCACGGGGUCCUGACUCGCAGUCACGUCGGAUAUCUGCUCUGGAACAGAGAACAAGUCCACCAUGCACAGCUCCCCCUGGUGGGCAGUAUGCUGAAAACCCCCAAGCUACCUAUCUGGGUGUGCAACAUCAAUGGCACCUACAGUGUUUUGUUCAGCCCAAACCGUUCGCUGCUCUCUGACUGGAAGAUGGAGCAUCUUUUCCACCUUUACUUCUACAAUGGCCAACCAACUCAGCUCAACACAACAAUGCUCACCAUAGAUACACACUCCCAUCACUGGGAAGCUGAAAAUAAUGAUAUUCAAGGAGACCCAGAGAAAAAGUUUCCCUCUGUAGAGAUCACCAUUAGGACCAAGUGGGAGGGUUCUGUUAUUGACUGGAAUGGGACAGUGCCUUUUUUCUGAAGAGGAUUAUAGCAGGUCACCUGAUUUGUAGCAUAUCUCUCCUGGCCUGCAAUAAAGAAUAUUUUAUUGGUUUUGAUUUUGGCUUGUGAACCUUAAUAACAUUACCUUUCACAACCUGCCCAUUUGACCAUUUUGGCAUCUGAGCAUUUAACAAAAGUGAAAACCUAAAAUAUGUAAACACAUGGCAAAAAAGCUAGGUCUUUUCCUCGAUUGUUAGAAAUAUAUUCAAAUCUGGUUUACACAUGUCCCACAGAUGUUUAAGUCUAUUCUGGAGCUAUUUCAUUUUGCCUCCAUACUGUUUUUGUCCUAUUUAGAUCCGAUAUGGGUUCAAAUUGCUUG